AUGCACACUGUUCUCGCUACAAUCUCCGAAUGGGCCCCAUUUCAGAUAGACGCCCUUGGGCUAGUCACGAUCUUUGGCGCUAAGGAGAUGAACAUAUCUAUUGGCAGCUUGACCCAAAGCUGGGUUACAGAAUGGCUACCUGUCUUGGGGUCAUAUGCUGUAGCGAAUAACGAGAUUGCCGACCCAGAGCAUGGUUAUGUGCUCUAUAAUGUCACAGAUGGUGUAAUGGCCACCGAUGUAGCCGCUUGGUUUACCCGCUGGCUCGCUUGUUUCCCGCCUAAUUACGCAUCGACUGUUAUCAAACUCAAGAUGGACGGGACAUCCCUCUCCAUGACUCGAAAGUUAUCCGCCUUGAUUAUAGGUGGUUCCUCCUUCUCUUUAUCGAUAUGCCUUGCAGUUCUGACGGCUGAUAAAUGGGGAAUGGUCAAUGCUCUCGCCAUGCUUGGGCAGGUGCUUGUGAGACAGCAUAUGGUCAGCCAGCUGCGUGCCUCCAUGGACAAACGUAUCGAGGAGUUAUACGAUAAGCCUGGAGAACAUGUCAAGGCCUUUCUUACUUUGUCGAAUGGGAAGGCCGUAACAAUCCUUGGACCUCGUCAAUUGGUAGUGGGGUGUAUCGUCACUGAUGCUCGACCUCUACAUUCCCGCCUCUACUUCCUCGCUCGCGCUAUCGGUUGGGCCUUUUUCGCGGCACACGCCAUUACCCUUGGCAUGAGUAACCUGUUCAAUCAGAUAGUGACCGUUGUUAUCAUGCUGUCAGCUACAUAUCUAACUGCUACUCGUGUUGGCGAUAAUAUCAGUAUGAUCGGAUCGCGCCUAAGACUCGACGUCAAUAUGGAUUAUCCUUUGUGGUCACGAAGCCAAGCUUACGGCAGACUGAUUAUGAACCGUGACGAAGAGGACAGCAUGGUCCACUGGAGCUUAAUGCCACAAAGGAAGAAUACAGAAUGGUGGC